AUGCGACACGAGUGGUAUUACACCAUGAAUGUACCUCCAUUAACAGACUACAUUCAUGCUAACUGGGUGAAGUUCGAAAAACAUGAUAGAAUAUUCAUAAUGACACAGGCCCCACUUGAAAGUACGAUAGGCGAUUUUUGGCGUAUGGUAUUCCAAGAAAACUGCCCAAGCAUUGUUAAUCUAACGCAGGUAAAUUGUGUUUUCAUGAAAACGUCAUCUAGUAGCUCUGGAACAUCACUAACGUCCUCGUUAGGAUCAACAUUAACAUAA